AUGUCUUGUUGUUCAGGAGAUGAUGAUGAUGAACAACGACCUGAUCCAACACGUGUACGAAGAUGCACAGAUAUUUUCUGGCUUUGCUGCUUCAUAGCGUUCUGGUUUCUUAUGAUUUUAAUAGCAGCUUUUUCUUUGGUUUAUGGUAAUCCUGUAAGACUCAUAAAUGGAUAUGAUAGCUUUGGAAAUACAUGUGGAAUGAAAAUUAAUCCAAAAUUUGGUAGUAUGGAGCUUUCUGGGCAAGAUACUAGCGAUAAACCAUACUUGUUCUUUUUGGACAUAAACAAUGUUACCCAGUCUUUAAAAAUUUGUGUAAAAAAGUGUCCAGACAGGACUAUAACAACAAUGAACGACAUAUGUAAAUUUUAUGAAGAAACAGGAUCACAGCUUUGUCAUGAUAAACCUGGAAAUGACUUCAGUGCAUGUAGUAAUGGAAAUAGAAAAAACAAAACAGGCUCCUGUCCUGAGUUGCCAGUAUAUAAGAGUAUACCAGUUCUUAAUCGUUGCAUUCCUAAAGCUAUUAAAGAUGUAGGAGAAACUAUCAUUUCAAACUUGUAUGGUCUAAUUAAUUCAUGGGAUGUUAUUGAACAAAUUUUAGGAGACUUAUAUAAAACAUGGAGAGAAAUUUUAUCUCUGUCAUUUCUAGCAUUUGUUUUGUCUCUUUUUAUGAUUGCUAUAUUUCACUUGUUGGCAAGUAUAGUAACAUGGAUUGUAAUGAUUCUUGUUAGUGUGUCAACUAUUGCUGGUAGUACAUUAUUAUGGUGGACAUACAUUGAAAUUAAAAGAACUUUAGAUAAAACUGAUCCAAAUCAGCUUCUAGAGGAAUCUGUUAGAAAUGAAAGAGCAUUCUUAGCCUUUUCUAUUAUUGCAACAGUAAUAACUGUAAUUUUAUUGUUCCUAUUAACUAUAUUACGUAAACGUAUUGCAUUUAUGGCAGCAUUAUUCAAAGAAAGUGCAAAAUGUUUAGCGGAAUUACCAGGUCUGUUUUUCCAACCUUUGUUGACGUUUGCAGCUUUAAUAUUAUUUUUUGCCUUUUGGGUUACUGUAAUUCUUUGUCUUGCAACAGCUAAUUAUCCUGGAACUAAAUCUGUACAAAUGUACAAGAACCACAUAUUUGAUCCCCUGAAUUUGAGUUCAGUUGGGGAAAAGAGUGCAUUUGUCGAAGAAAAGAAAUUUGAUUUUUCACUGAAUUCUUUUAAAACUUUCACCCUUGUAGAAUAUGUGGAUUCAACUUGGGUGAAAUAUAUGUGGUGGGUAUAUAUUAUAGGAUUAAUAUGGACCUCUGAAUUUAUUGUUUCUUGUCAAGAUAUGGUUAUAGCAGGAGCUGUUGCUCAUUGGUAUUUUAGAGGGAAAGAUGCUAGUACCUCUCCAGUAUGCUCUGCUAUAGGAAAUUUAGUUAUGUACCAUUUAGGUUCUGUUGCUUGUGGCUCCUUUUUAAUAACCCUUUUUAAAUUACCCCGUUUAAUUUUGACAUAUCUAUAUGCUAAAUUUGAGAAAAGCAAAGAAACUUCUCCAUGUGCUCAGUGUGGCCUAAAAUGUUGUAUAUGCUGUUUCUAUUGUUUAGAAAAAUUUAUUCGGUAUAUGAAUCAUAAUGCAUAUACUGUUGUUGCCAUUGAAGGAACACAUUUUUGUAAUGCCGCAAGAAUUGCGUUCACUACACUUGUUAGUAAUGCUUUACAAAUAGCUGUAAUUAAUGGAGUAGGAGAUUUUAUUCUCUUUUUGGGUAAAUGUUUUGUGACAGCUGCUACUGGUAGUAUUGGAUUACUAUUUAUGAAACAAGAUCCCAGAUUAUACUUUUACGCAGCUCCGAUUUUUGUCACCUGCGUUUUUGCAUUUUUCAUUGCUCACAGUAUUAUUUCCCUUUAUGAGACCGUAAUUGAUACCUUGUUUCUUUGCAUCUGUGAAGACAAACAAUUGCACGGUGAAAACGGAAAAUGGCGCCAGUCUGCCUUAGCACAAUUUGGAUCUAGUAAUAAUGUAAAUGGUCAGCAAGCACAUGAAUUAACACCAAUGAACACAUAAGUACAACAGUGUUAAAACACUGACUUCCCUUACAACGUUUGUACACUUUUUAUAUACUUUUUUACGCAUUUUACUACAUUUGUUUUUUAAUUAGAAAUCAUGCUUAUAUAAUGGCUUAGAUCAAUAUUGUUAACAAACUCUGUAAGAUUUAAACGGUAUUGCCAUAUAUUCAUAUAAAAUAUUUUUCAUUUUUAACAUAGAAUAACAACUGCAAUUUUAACAUUUUAAGGAUUUUUAUGUUUAAUUAGUCCAAUGAAUUUUAAAACUGUACAAAAGUAAUGAUAAUAAUGUAUCAUAUUAUAGUUUAACAUUAUUAUAUAAGUUUUUGAAAACCGAUUUGAAAAAUAUAAUAAAUAUAGUUUUAAUAUUUUUAAAUAUUUCAUAGGAUGCAAUAUUUAUAUUUCAUAAUUUCUUUAAUUACAUUGUAAGUAUAUAGUACACUUAAAUGAAGACUUCAUAAAAUUCCGACGUGUACAAAAGACAAAGUUUAAUCAUGUAUUUUUUAAAUUUUAGCUACAUAUAUUUUUAUAAAAUAAAACCAGCCUAAGAAGUACUUAACUGCUUUUUGUAGAAAGAAAGAUAUUUCUUUUUAGUAUUUUUUUCAGUAUUUGAAUUGUACAAUUGUAAGUGUAUGCAACAUAAAUUACGAAUUGCUAAUCUCACAAGCAUAAUUGUAUUUGUAAUAUUACAUGUACUGUAAUGACAACGAUAAAUAAAAAUUGAUUGUCCACGAAAAA